AGGAAAUUGCAACCUACAGCUCCGCUACCCUCCUCCCUCACUAUUAGAGAAACUACGGUAGCCGUCACAGGACAAAAGGGUUUCAGUCAAUCAGAGGACUUAACACAUGUAGUAAGAGGGAGAGGAAGAGGGCGGAGAGGUAGGGGUGUUGGAGAUGCAGGCAGGGUGAGGAGAGGAGCUAACGUUACCCGGGAGGACCGACAAGAGAGGAUGUGGAAGCUAAGCACACCACACGGUCAACACAGACCUCAUGUACAGCAAAGAGCUGCCGUACAUCGAGCACAUCGGGUCUCUGCAGAAAAGCUGCUUGAAAUUGGUCAGCAAGGAAAUCGUCCAGAAGAGGUAAGCAUCACCCCUCCUCGUGUACAGACCGACGAGUGUCAAGACCUGCGACUCUUCCAGCGCGACUCCACCGAGCUAAGACACCGGCAAGGCACAUCAGUUUAUUUAAAAGGAUAUGGAGUGAAGCCGGUCACCAGUCAGAUGGCGAGGAAGGUGUUUGAGACUGCCGCCAAAUCUCAGGGUGACUCAGAAAGGGAUUUCGUGGCAGAUUACCUCACACAUUCCACCGCCACAGCAGACAAGCAUUACCACAUGAAGACACUGAAGGAUGUGAUAUUUGCUCGCAAACUGCUGGGCCAGCUGGCUGGUGAAUCUGGAUCUGAACCAGAAGCACAGUGUGGAAAAGCUCCAUCCCCCCUUUCUUCCGGCAGUGAGGCUGAGAGCACACAUGCACCCGAGGAGGAGAUCGACGUGCAGAAAGCAUACGACGCUCCUCACACACCCAGUGACAUUGGACGGGGAAGUGCCUGACAGGAAUGUGCUCUCAGUGGUGUCUUUGACACUCCAGAGACGGCUCUGUGAGCGCUGGAUUAAUGCACAGAUGAGACUGCGAGUAAAAAUGCUCAAAAACAAUCAAACGAAGCGUCGACCCAUUCAAUUCAGUGCUGCCUUAUGUUUACGAAACUUCAGGCUCAUUCAUGUCUCCAAACUCCUCCACAUUUCACGUUAUAAUGUCAAAAUAGGUCAUUGUGUGAUUGUUUAGAAAAGGACUACGAACAAUGUGUGAUUAUGAUCGUAUUGCUUGAUCUGCCUAUGGCGACUCAUCAUUGGCUGUUGCUCUAACUAAUGUUGUGAAAGCUUAGAUAAACUAAACUUGGCUCUGUACACUGUAGUAGGCUUUGAGAGAUGUUUUUAUUGCUCUUAUGCUUUUUGUCGUCCUAUUGUUUGACACAACUGCUUCCAUUGUUUACCCAACUUGUAAGUCGCCUUGGAUAAAAGCGUCUGCUAAUUGACUUAUUGUAAACGUAAAGAUCAGUUGUUCAAUGCAGAAAGAAAUCACGAAGACCAAGAAGCCUCGUCAUCAGCUAAGAUUCUUGGCGUUGUAUUCGACAGUACUCUGUCAUUUGAAAGCCAUGUCGCCAACACCUGUAAAAUUGCAUUUUUCCAUUUUAAGAAUAUAUCUAAAUUACGUCAUAUGCUGUCAGUGUUAGAUGCAGAGAAAUUAAUUCAUGCAUUCAUGACAUCAAGACUAGAUUACUGUAAUGCACUUCUAGGUGGUUGCCCUGCGGGCCUAUUACAAAAACUGCAACUGGUUCAAAACGCGGCAGCUCGAGUUCUUACACAUACAAAAAAGUAUGAGCAUAUAACCCCGGUUCUGUCAACCUUGCACUGGUUACCUAUAAAGCAUCGCAUUAACUCUAAGAUCUUGCUUAUUACCUAUAAAGCCCUAAAUGGUCUAGCGCCGCAGUAUUUGAAUGAACUUCUAUUGUAUUACAGACCUCCACGUACAUUAUGCUCUCAGGGGUCCUGUCAGUUGGUAAUACCUAGAAUUUCAAAAUCAAGUGCAGGUGGUAGAUCCUUUUCUUAUCUAGCGCCUAAACUUUGGAAUAUUCUUCCUUACACGGUCCGGGAGGCAGACACACUCUGUCAGUUUAAAUCUAGACUAAAGACUCAUCUUUUUAAUCUUGCAUACACUACACCUCCAUAAUAUUAAUCCUCAGAGGAUUUAGGCUGCAUUAUUUAGAUCAACCGAAACCAGGAACACAUCCAACAACAAAUGAUGUACUUGUUGCAUCAAAGAGUGCAGAACAGUACUCUACUCUCAGCCAGUCUUGUCUCUUUGUUCCAAGGUUACCGCAGGAUGCAGUUCAUGCCCAGACCUGAUGGCAGAGCUGGGAAUGGGAAGCGGUGACCUGACAAGAGCUAAGAGGAUAGAGCUGGAUAGAGGACGCGACAACUUUGUUUUUCCUACAACAUUUCAAAUGCUAUUAGAUUGUUAAUGAUAAUCUUAAAUCCUUAAUUUUUAUAUUUUUAUGAAGCCUUGUUGUGCAAGCACUGUUGAGCUUGUGCAGAGGCAGCAGCUUUUGCCAGAGGGGAACUGGAAUCCCCUGGUUGGGCCUGGGUUCCCCUGAGGUUUUUUUUCUCAAUGGGAGUUUUGGGUUCCUCACCACCGUUUGCAUAUUGUUUUGCACUAUCUGCCUGGCCGGGGGGGCUGCUUUAGAAUUCAUACUUGUAUUAAAUGUGUCUCAUGUACAGCUGCUUUGUAACAAUGAAAAUUGUAAAAAGCGCUAUAUAAAUAAAGUUGAGUUGAGUUGAACAAGUUA